CAGUAGUCUGCAACAUGAAGCAGCUGACUCAACGUUCAUAGACGAUUAUAAUUUGACAUUGCAUCGUGGUCUUUCAGAAACCUACCACUAAUUUGGUGUACAUGUGAUCACGUGUUUUAAUCCUGACUUGUAUGAAGGGUGUGGCUGAUCAGAGACAAUACCAGAGAAAUCUGUUGACAUCAUUUGGAGGAUGUUAACAUGUUGUGGGCUCAACUUCAGAUCUUUCUUUGAAACAUCACUGUAGAUGGAGUGAGAGGGGAAGAAAGAGACGUACCGCAGCCCAGAGAAGACCUCCAGCAGACGACUGAUGGUGGAUUUAUUAUCACGGCGACAUGCUUUCAGUUUGAGGAUGGAGCAGGGGGAAUCUGUCUUUGACCAGGGGAUGACCAGGUCGAGAGAAGCCAUAUAAUGUUUGUUUUUUAAAUGAGGAACAAUACAGACGGUGCAUUUGAAAGCACAUUCUGAGACGAAGCAAGAAAAGCAAAUACUACAAUGAAUGGUGAAUUCAAAGACUGACACAAAGAGCAGCUCCUCUCAUGGCCUACAAAUGAAUUGGGACUCCACAUGUGCAGUUCAGGGUACAUAUGCAGCGUGUACACGGCUUGAGGAUUUCUUGCUUUUACCUCCGCUACUGACACUAAAAAUGGACUUAAUUGCUUCUAAUGUUAAGAAGCUUUAAAUACAAUUCCUGUGUGUCUGGGUGAUGAUACAUUCAUCAGACUGAGCCACUGUGGAGAAAUGUCCAACAUUAAGAUGCAAGCACCUGGGGAAAGAGGAUGUAUGAAAGACUGGCUUUCAAAAACAAUCUACUGCAGACAACAUGUUCCUGUCAGUUUCUCUGUUCUCCUCAUCCCUAUCUUCCUACUCCUCUUCUCCCUGGUUACACCCGCUCUGUCCAUCCAUAUGGAGUCCAUGGACAGCCACAGCGAGUUUAGCUGUGAGCCCAUCAAACUGAGAAUGUGCCAGGAUCUGCCUUACAACACCACCUUUAUGCCCAAUCUACUGAAUCACUACGACCAGCAAACGGCUGCACUAGCCAUGGAGCCUUUUCAUCCCAUGGUAAACCUCGCGUGUAGUGCUGACCUGAGGAUGUUCCUGUGUGCCCUGUACGCUCCGGUGUGCACCGUGUACGGCCAGGUGUCCAUGCCAUGUCGGUCCCUCUGCCAGCGGGCCAAGGAUGAGUGCCACAAACUCAUGGAGGUAUUUGGAGUAGCCUGGCCAGAUGACAUGGAGUGUAUCAGGUUCCCAGAUUGUGACGAGCCCUAUCCUCGUGCAGAGGACCUGCAAACGGACUCGGACCCCACUGACCAGUCAUCCAUGACUGUCCAGAGAGACUACGGUUUCUGGUGCCCCAGAGAGCUCAAGGUCGACCCAGACCUGGGUUACACUUUCAUGGGCAAGAAGGACUGCUCUGCGCCGUGCCCCUCAAUGUUCUUCAACCAGCAGGAGCUGAACUUCAUCCGCUACUUCACAGGAGCUGUUUCCAUUGUCUGUCUAUCCGCAACGCUGUUCACCUUCCUGACGUUUCUCAUUGAUGUUACCAGGUUUCGGUACCCUGAGCGGCCAAUAAUCUUCUACGCUGUGUGUUAUGUCAUGGUGUCCCUGGUUUUCUUUCUGGGGUUCCUGUUGGAAGACAGGGUGGCGUGCAACGCAGUCAGCCCUUCCCAGUUCAGAGCUUCCACCAUAACACAGGGCUCGCACAACAAGGUAUGCACCCUGUUCUUCAUGGUCCUAUAUUUCUUCACCAUGGCGGGCAGCGCGUGGUGGGUCAUACUGACAAUCACUUGGUUUCUGGCCGCUGUGCCUAAAUGGGGCAGCGAGGCCAUUGAGAAGAAAGCCCUCCUCUUCCAUGCUGUGGCCUGGGGCCUCCCAGGGGCCCUGACUGUCACCCUGUUGGCCCUGAACAAAAUUGAAGGAGAUGGGAUCAGUGGAGUGUGUUUCAUAGGGCUGUAUGACAUAGACGCCCUGAGGUGGUUUGUUCUGGCACCGCUAUGCCUCAACGUGGCGGUGGGGGUCUCUCUCCUGUUAGUGGGCAUUGUGGCUCUGAAUCGGGUGCGCAUGGAGAUCCCCCUGGAGAAGGAGAACCAGACCAAACUAGUCAAGUUCAUGAUCCGAAUGGGAGUGUUCUCUGUGCUCUACCUGGUCCCCUUGUUGACUGUGAUUGGCUGCUACCUGUACGAACACACCUACCGGAGCAUUUGGGAGAAAACAUGGAUGGAGGAGAACUGCAGGCGCUAUCACAUCCCCUGCCCAUACAAGUUGGCGCAGACCAGCCGGCCAGCCAUGGUUUUGUUCCUAAUUAAAUAUCUGAUGAUGUUGGUGGUGGGGAUCCCAUCUGUUUUCUGGGUGGGCAGCAAGAAGACUUGUUUUGAAUGGGCCAGCUUCCUGCAAGGACGCCGACGCAAAGACAGUGGGGUAAAUGAGUCUCGUCAGGUGCUGCAGGAGCAGCCGGACUUUGCCCAGUCUCUGCUGCGUGAACCCAACACCCCCAUCGUUAGGAAGUCCAGAGGAACAUCCACUCAGGGCACAUCUACCCACGCCUCCUCCACCCACUUGGCUGCCCUAGACGACCUUGACGAACCAGUCAGAACUCACCACGGCCCCCCCACCUCCACCCGGAGUAAGGCCAGCAGCGUCCACAGCAAGGCCAGCUACCACGGCAGCCUGCGUCGCACUCGUGAAGACAGGAGUGAUACUAUGGUUUACCGAGGUACAGAGGUGCGCAGUUUCCAUGGCAGCAUGCCACGUCUCGACCACCCGCUCUCCGCUCACAGCAGCCUCCAUCAGUUAGACGACCACUCGAGGCACGGCAGCCAGCGAGACGUAUCUGAGGCACCAGGCAACCCUCAUCACACACGGAACAACGGGGAGUGACAGCCAAGCUGCUGUGAAUGACGGCACCAGCGCCUGAGAAGAGGAGAUUGUUGUAAGGAUGCCGUCGAAGCCUUUUUAAAGGAAGAGUUGCCCUCUGCUGAUACACAACCGUCUGUUUAGUGUGUAAGUUUCCUCUAUAGAGGUGGAGACUCCACCAGUGAGUGCUGUGGUGGUGAUUUUUGGUGUUAAUUCCUUGCUGACACAGUCCAGACUCCACUCUUGGCUCUCACAGAUUCAGUUUAGUUUCACUGUAAAGCUGAACUUUGUUUACGUAAUUAUUUGAAUUUAGACGGCAGAUGUCUCCUGAAUGCUUGACUCAAACAGGCUGAGUCACCAACCAUCAGUGAAGCUGACAUUAUUCAGGGAUCAUUUCGGUUGUGCCAGAUAAACCAGAGCUGGCGCUGGAUAGGAAAUACUGAAAAAGUAGAAAGGAGAAGUCAUACUUUAUGGACAAGAACACUUCGAUGGGUGACCAGUCUUUUGAUGGCGUUAUCUUUCACCAUCACGCAGGACCUAAUGAAUAUUAUGAAAUAUGUGAACACUGCCAAGUAUUGCUUUUGUAACUGGUUGGCCUAUUCUCUUGGUAAUGUCUCACAUAAA